GGGGUCAAUGUCUCAGUCCUGACUGGGGCACUGGGGUCAUGAGUGACUUCCAAAUUGGCAUCUCGCCUGCGGUGGAAGCAUUGAGAAAGGCAGCAUCCCCCAGAAGCAUCAACAAUGCUCACCAGUUGCCUGGAGCAUCCUCUAGAUUGACUCCCUUGGAGCUUGAUGCCAACUUACAGGUGUCGGAGCUUAUGUACCGAAACCUCUUGGAGGGAAAGAAGGUUCAGAUUGAUUUGGAUGCUGGCAUGGACAGCUGGUAUCGGGAGCUCUUUGGUGAGGAUUGGAUGAAAAAGAACUCCUUCCAACGAAGAGAGCUGGAAAGGCAAGCGAAGGAGAACGGUGAAAACACGCCCAUGUGGGUCGAAGCAGCAUCAGACUCUGCCGACCUAGCCUCAGAGGUGUUGCAGCUCACAAGGACCGGUGGAGAGUGUUUGCGCACUGACGCCGUCGAUCGUGAGGCGGUGGUGGAGUUGCUGGAGUCCCUCCUGGUGAAGUUGCGCAUCGCGCCCUAUGCGCGCUGCGGCGCGGGGGAGAAGCAGCAUGGCUUGCGGGCCAUGGUGGGAGUGAUGUGGCACUUCUAUGGUGAUGUGGAAGUCAUCAGCCUCUGUGCUGAUUGCUUGCGCUUGGCAAUGACUGGAAACCAGCACAACUGCGACAGCCUUCUGGCCAUUUGGACUCCAGCUUUUCCAAACGAGCGGCAUCACGGACAAGUUGAGAAGGGAUGGUCAUUUUUGCGCAUCGCGCUGGAUGCCUUCACCUUCCAAGCGGGUGGGGACCUCUUUCCCCGAGCAGCUGGAAGCACUGGAUGCUCCGAGGCCCGAAGCGACGAGGCCGCCCUGAAGCUGGCGCAGUGCAUCCUGCAAGCGCGGCAUUCGCCGUUGUUGGACGCCCAGCUGCGACUUCUCAAGGAGCCGCCCGGCGCACAGAGCUGCGCGCAGCGAACAGAGCUGAAGGAGAUGCUUCCCGCAGUGUUGCGUGUCACGGGUCAGCUGGCUGGAAGGCUAAAAGGAUCCGAGGUGCUCUCUGACCUCCUUCAACUCUUAGAGCUGGCAAAGUGACUCCCAAGAUCAUCUGCAGCGGAGUCGGUGCCGGUGCGCUGCCUAUGAUCCCACGUAAGGUCGUAUGAGGAUGCGUUGAAC